AUGUCGCAGGAUGAGUACAUGAGCCAAAUGAAGGCGUCUCAGGCAGGAGCGACGCAGAUCCUCGUAGCGCAGACAGACGAUGUCCGGCCUUUUGCGCGCUUACUCCGUGGUAUCGGGCUCAAGCAUAACGCGGUCAUGGUGAUAUCCAACGAGGGGUUCGAAAUCACCGUCGAAGAAGUCAAGACUCUGUCCGCCAUAGCCUACAUCCCCACCAACCUCUUCCAAACCUUCACCUACGCUCCCCCAGACGAUGACGCCCCAGCCUUUGAAAUCUCCCUCGACUCGCUCCUCCAAUGCCUCAACAUAUUCGGGAAUGCCGGAUCGGCCGGCAGUGGGUCUGCCCUCAACAACAUGGGCGGCAAGAAACAGCGUCGGUGGGCCGGCGAGGGGGAAGGGGGCGGGGAUGACGAUACUUCGUUUAGUAGUGGACGAGGUGGAGGGAGGGAGAGACGGACGGGGAUGCGGAUGACGUGGGCGGGACAUGGGGAGCCGUUGAGCAUGUUCCUGCAGGACGACGGGAAGGGGCCGGUGACGACUUGCGAGUUGAGCACGUAUCAGCCUGAAGAGAUGAUGGCGCAGGCGUUCGAUAUUGACAACCGCGCCGUCUACGUAAUCAUGAAGUCCGAGCUGUUCCGCGACGCCCUCCUCGACCUCCCGCCCUCCUCCACCAAGAUCACACUUACCGCCACCCCACCGCGCGUCGCCCUCCCAGACCACCUCGCUAACGCCACGAGCAGCUCUAACCUCCGGCGCGCACAUAAAGCCGAUGUAGGCAAUUUAGGGAUCAAGGCACAGGGCGAUUUCGGCGAGACCCAGCUCGACUAUCCAAAUGAGAAGAGCGUCAUGGAGACUUUCGACGUAGAGACCGAAGUCCAGUUUAGCUACCACUAUGCCCACUUUGCGAUGCUCUCUCGCGCGCUGCAGCAGAGCGUCAAGAUCGCCCUUCAGAUCGAACACACCGGCUAUCUGUGCUUGCAGAUCAUGAUGCCGAUUACGAAGGAUUUGGGGACUGGGGUGCAUAUGGGUAUCCUCGAGUUCAAGAUGAAUGCGCUAGAGGAGGAUGAAGAGUGA